CAAACCAUCAUCCAGCACCCGCAGAUGGUCGGUGAUGAGCUGGAUGAGGCCACGCACGAGCGGAUGCAGCAGCGUGCGGAGCAGCUGAGCCAGGAGAUGACUCGGCUGCUGCAGGAGCUGGAGCAGAGGAGCCAGGAGCAGAUGCUCCAGGAGCUGGAGCAGAGGAGCCAGGAGCAGAGCGGCUUGGCCUGGGGAGCCCUGCUCUUUGCUGCCUUGCAGCAGUGGCAGUUGUGGGCGAUUGCUGGAGUCCUGGUCCUGCUCUGCGGGCUCUGCUGGUGGCUCAGGAAAAGGAGCCAUGAGCCAGACAGCAGCAGCGAAGAGGAGAGCUCCAGCAGCGACAGGGAGCAGGAGGAGGAAGAGGAGCAGGAGCAGGAAGAGGAGCAGGAGGAGGAAGAAAGUGAAGGAGAAGAUCCUGAUAAUGAGAGGGACCUGGGCAGGAUUUUUGCAAAGCGCAUCCAGUGGCCAGCACAGAACCUGGCCUACAGGAGCCGGGUGGUGGAGGAGGUGGUGGGUGACCUCCUCCGUGUCUUCCAUGAGGUCUUGUCAAAUGAUGUCUUCCCGGUGCUGCAGACAGCCAUCAGGGUGGGCAGCACCUUUGAAGGUUGGAGUCCCCGUGAGGAUGAUGCUGUCUACCGCCUGCUUGUGCCCUUGAAGCCCCCUCGUGGGCACGCCUUCCACCUGGAGCUGGGCACCACGGGGGAGAUGCCGGCAAAGGACUCCUGCAUCCGUGUGGAGCUGCUGUGCACCUGCAUGAGCGAGAGGCUGGCAGGAGAGAUGCUGUGCUUCCUCCACCAACCCGAGGAGGAGCUGAGGAGAAAUCAGGGUCCCAGCCUCCUAGGCACCCUCUGCACCGGCUCCUAUCUAGAUGUGCAGAAAACGGCCUGCUGGUUCCAGAACUUUGUGAGGUUAGCCUGUGGUGUGCCUCAGUCACGGCGCUACGAAAUGAAGGUGCUGCCCUCAAGCCGCUCCUGCAAGCUGCAGCUGACAAAUGCCUCCAGGAGAACCCUCUUCAUUGAGAUGAUGUUUGGGGUGCAGCAAGGCGACUCGGACAUCUUCCUGAGCAGCCAGACUACAGAGACCAUCUUCACCCCAAGCACGAUGUGGCCAGAGAACUGUGCUGUGGCAGAGCUGAAGUUCUUCACGCACAUGGCCAGGCAGGCCCCGCACGACAGCUUCCACCUCAAAUGCCUGCAGCUCUGCGCCCGCAGCCUGGUGGGCACAAGCUUUUCCACCUAUAUGAAGACAGUUGUGAUGCACCUCCUGACCACCAUACCCCUGUCAGGCUGGCGCAGGAAGCAUUUCCUGCUGCGGCUGGAGGAUAUCAUGCGGUACCUGCGCUGCUGCCUGGAGGAGAAACGCCUCGACCACUUCUUCUUUGGCAAUGAGAACGUGCCUGAGGAGAUAAUCUUGCCCCCAGCCUUCCAAACGGCUGCACCACUCAACCUCUUCCAGUGCCUGGCGCAGGAUCCAGCUGCCCAUGCCAAGGCACUGCGUGAGUUUGAUGAGCUACAAGAUCGGCUCACAAGACUGCUGUUCUACGGACACUGA